GUAAUUAGAGUGCAAUAAGGGGAUUUCCCGUGUCCAUGUGAGGAACAUUCAGCAAAAUCAAGUCCACUAGUUUCUACUCUUCUCUGCUGCUUGUCAUGGCUACACUAGUUGAUAGAUACUCCUCCAUGUCCGUCAAGUCUUGCCUGUCCCGUGGAGACGAUAGGCAAGGCAUUGGGCUGCUCUCUGAUCCCAUGGUGGACUUGCCAUUACUGGACAGGGGACAGAGGUCCUUUGCUGUUCCUCCCGGGAUUGAACCAGUGGAGUUCCUUCGGCCGUUCUCCACAGGGGGUGACUCCAAUGUCAAGAUCCAGUUUGCUCACGGGACCACCACUCUGGCUUUCAAGUUCCAACACGGAGUCAUUGUUGCCGUGGACUCCAGAGCCACUGCUGGCUCCUGGAUAGCGUCUCAGACUGUGAAGAAAGUGAUAGAGAUCAACCCUUACCUGCUGGGCACCAUGGCUGGAGGAGCCGCUGACUGCUCCUACUGGGAGAGGCAGCUUGCCUUUGAGUGCAGGCUGUACGAGCUUAGGAACAAGGAGAGGAUCUCAGUGGCAGCUGCCUCUAAAGUCCUUGCCAACAUGAUCUACUACUACAAGGGAAUGGGCCUCUCCAUGGGAACAAUGAUUUGUGGAUGGGACAAGAAGGGCCCCGGCCUGUACUAUGUGGACACUGAUGGUAGUCGCCUGACUCACCACAUUUUCAGUGUGGGCUCUGGUUCCACCUACGCCUACGGUGUGAUGGACAGUGGCUACCACUGGGACAUGGAGAUAGAGGAGGCCAGAGAACUGGGAAAGAGAGCUAUCUAUCACGCCACUCAUAGGGACGCUUACAGUGGAGGAGUUGUCAACUUGUACCACAUGUGUGCGACUGGCUGGGAGAAGGUGUCAUCCACCAAUGUGGCUGAGUUGCACUAUCAAUACAAAGACGAGAAGAUGGCACAGACAGCCGCUGCAUAGACAAUGACAUGAUAGCUAUUUGCUUGUGUACAUGUAUGCCCAUGCUUUAUUGUUAUCAUGCUAUUUCAUUAAUUUGUUGCACGUUAUAAAAUUAGUGUGACUUG